AUGAGUAUCCCAAAUUUAAUUACUGAAUCUCAAGUAAAGACAACAUCCGAAUAAAAGGGUGAAGUUCUGAUUUUAAAGUUAUUGUUGAAGACAAUAAGAAUAGAAUGUUCUUAUGAAUCAGAUGCAAUCAGAGUUAAGGAACGUUUUAAUAAAACAUUUAUAAUGAUGUCCAAGAUCUCAGUUGAUUUUGCUAAUAUUGUGGAUGGCCCUGCCCUCCCUAAAGUUUGGUCAAGACAUACUCCUGGAUCAUCAGCAUUCUAAGAAAUUCACAAUAUCUAAGAACCACCAUUCGCAAAAAAGAUGAAGGAAAUAAAGAACAUGAAUGAGAAAUAGAACAAGAAACCCCUAAAUAUGAUGAAAAAUCGAAGAAAUUUUAAGAGUUCUUAUAAUUAAUGA